GUCCCGGUAGUCGUUGGGUCAAAACGUCUAUUAAAGUAAAGCAAACGGCUACAAAACCGCUCCCCUCUCUCUCUCUCUCUCCCCCGGAGACAAGUUUCUCGGACCAGAUAACCUCUGCGAAAACCUCGCACCGAUGACGCACCAAUAUCGAAGAAUUUUAGAGAAACAUUGUCAAUUCAUCGCCGAUUAAUCGGCUACCCGUUUUUCUUUUCCCAUUUUAAGCACUCAUUCUUCGUCCAUUUCCCUUCGAUUCUUUCCCUCCGGUAAGAAUCCACCUUCUCACUCGAGAGAUUUUGGUCCCCAAAAAGCGUCGACAAAUCCCGUCAUGUCCCAGAGUGAGACCCUGAAUUGCAAAGCUGAUGUUUUCCUCUCUUGGGGUUGGAAAAUCUUUCAUCUUUGAAGCCAGCCCCAGGAGCUCCAGGAAUUUGGCUCCCAUUCAGUUUUGGCUUCUGGGGUUUUCAUCUCAUACCAGUUUCCGUGUUCUCUUGUUAUUUUUUGUUUUCCUUUUUUAAAAAUUUUUAGAAAGCUGGGUUCUUUGAUAGAAACGGCCUCGUUGGGUUUGUAAAUAUCGAUGGAUUUAUGAUAGGUUCGAAAACACUUUUGUAAUUUCACUUUGUAAGGAAACAAGAAACAGGCCCCAAGUUUCUUGUCGGUUUUCAGGUUAUCGGAACAAUGUCUAUUGCCGAUAUUGCUUUGAGUCCGAUUCGCGAAGAGCUGGUGAAUGCUGCCGGGCAUUUUCAAAGCCGACCAGGACCUUGCUCUAGCGAAUCAAUCCUAAUUUUCCUCACUGUCGCCGGCUCUGUGAUUCCUAUGCAUGUGUUGGAGUCCGAUUCGAUAACGUCAGUGAAACUUAGAAUUCAGAAAUGUAAAGGGUUUGUAGUGAAGAAGCAGAAGCUAGUUUAUGCAGGCAGGGAGUUGGCCCGGAACGACACUCGCAUCAAGGACUAUGGUGUCACCGGUGGGGAUGUUCUGCAUUUGGUUCUAAGGCUCUUUGAUGUCCUACUCAUCACUGUUAGGACCAUUUGUGGGAAGGAGUUUGAGUUUCAAGUCGAUAGGUAUCGAAAUGUCCGGUAUCUCAAGCAACGUAUUGGGAAGGAGAAGGGGAAAGGUUUCGUUAAUCUCGAGGAUCAAGAACUUUUCUUCAACGGGGAGAAGCUCGACGACCAGGUACUCAUUGAUGAUAUAUGCAACGACAACGAUGCAGUGAUUCAUUUGGUGGUUCAGAAAUCUGCAAAAGUCAGGGCCAAGCAUAUCGAAAAGGAUGUGGAAAUUUCGGUUGUAGCAGCAACUGCAGGUGAGGAGAAGGAGAGCGAUGACAGAGUUGGAGAAGAUAAGCAGCCGGGGCAUCUUCAAGUUGUAACGAGGGAGCCACCAGGUAUUGAUUUUUGGUUGGAACCGAUCGUUGUUAAUCCCAAAGCAGAAUUGCCUUCAUUUAUUUGGGAUAUGAUUAACUCUGCAUUUGCUGGUCUGGAGAAAGGCAAUCGACCAAUGAGGUCCUCUGAAGGCACUGGAGGAGCUUAUUUCAUGCAGGAUUCAUUGGGUCAGGAGUAUGUUUCCGUUUUUAAGCCCAUUGAUGAGGAGCCCAUGGCAGUACACAAUCCCAGGGGACUACCUGUAUCAUCAAAUGGUGAGGGAUUGAAGCGGGGAACAAAGGUAGGAGAAGGAGCAUUGAGGGAAGUUGCAGCAUAUAUAUUGGAUCAUCCGAGGAGUGGACCUCGCUCGCUAUCAGGUGAAGCGAUGGGAUUUGCUGGUGUACCCCCUACAACCAUGGUUCGCUGCUUGCACAAAGGAUUUAACCAUCCGGAAGGGUAUGAAUGUACAUCAAAGAAUGUUAAGAUUGGCUCGUUGCAGUUGUUCAUGUCGAACGAUGGAAGUUGCGAGGACAUUGGUCCCGGGGCUUUCCUGGUGGAUGAGGUACAUAAGAUCAGUGUGCUUGAUAUUAGAAUGGCAAAUACUGAUAGGCAUGCUGGGAACAUAUUGUUCCGCAAGGGGGAGGAGGGAAACAAUGUGCUCAUUCCAAUUGAUCACGGAUACUGCCUGCCUGAGAAUUUUGAAGACUGCACGUUUGAUUGGCUUUACUGGCCACAAGCUCGCAAGCCAUACUCUUCUGACACCAUUGAGUACAUAAAUUCACUAGAUGCUGAGCAAGAUAUAGAACUACUGAAAUUUCAUGGAUGGGAUAUUCCGCAUCAGUGUGCCCGCACACUCUGUAUAUCCACCAUGCUUCUGAAGAAAGGAGUGGAGAGAGGUCUCACUCCCUUUGCCAUUGGAAGCAUCAUGUGCAGAGAAACUGUGACGAAGGAAUCUGAGAUAGAGGAGAUUGUUCGUGAAGCAAUGGAUUCCUUGCUCCCUGGCAUGAGCGAGGCUGCAUUCUUUGAAUCCGUCUCCCAGAUUAUGGAUUCUCACCUCGACAAACUCGCAGACUAAUUAUCCUUUCAUUUGUCAGUAUAUAGCUAUAUAUGUAUGUAUUUAUCUAAUGACUGGUCCUUCUUUUGAUGGACUGAAUGUCAUACAAAAUGUGGAUGGCCUAUCCGUUCUGUGUAAGUCUGAAGCUUCUUUCUUUUUUUCUAACUGCUGUAAACUAUUACCUGGGGUUGUAUUGGGAUGUUGAAAAAAAGUUCCCAGUUAUGAAUAAGAUGUGUUCUGCAUGAUUGUCUGCAA